AUGUCCAUCGAGAACUUGAAAACCUUCGACCCCUUCGCGGAGGCCGACGAAGACACCGGCGAAAGCAAGCCAGUUGAGAGAUAUAUCCAUAUCCGCAUUCAACAGCGCAAUGGGCGUAAGACCUUGACUACCGUUCAGGGCAUUCCUGCCAAGUUCGACCUCAAGAAAGUCCUGAAGGUGAUCAAGAAGAAGUUCGCCUGCAAUGGCACCAUCGUCAGCGACGCCGAGAUGGGGGAGGUGAUCCAGUUACAGGGCGAUCAGCGCAAGGAUGUGAUGGAAUUCCUGGUGGAUAAGGAUGGCUUGCAGAUGGACUCCAAGAACAUCAAGGUCCACGGCUUCUAA